AUGGGGGCGGGGGGCGGCACACAGUGUACGCUCCUGGCCCUGAACAUUCUCUUCUUCACCUUCGCCAAUGCCACCGGACGUCCCUGCCCUCCAAGCGGGGGCAGCGGCGGGGGUGGGAGUGGUGGCGGUGGCGGAGGAGGGGGAGGGGGAGGCGGCAACUGCGGCGGCAACUGUGGUGGCGGCGGGAACGGAGGUGGCGGCGGAAACGGGGGUGGCGGAGGAGGGGGCGGGGGAGGCGGCAACUGUGGCGGCAACUGUGGUGGCGGCGGCAAUGGUGGUGGAGGCGGGAACGGUGGCGGCGGAAAUGGUGGUGGCGGAAACGGUGGUGGCGGAAACGGAGGUGGCGGCAAUGGCGGCGGCGGGAAUAACAACGCUACCCAGUGCCCGGUGGACGCGCUGAAACUGGGCGUCUGCGCGAACGUGCUCGGGCUGCUGAACGUGACUCUGGGGAGUCCGCCUGUGCUGCCGUGCUGCUCGCUGUUACAGGGGCUGGUGGACCUAGAGGCGGCGGUGUGCCUGUGCACGGCGCUCAGGCUCAACCUUCUAGGCAUCAACCUGAACCUGCCUAUCAGUCUCAGCCUCGUCCUCAACAACUGCGGCAGGAACGUCCCCUCCGGCUUCCAGUGCCCCAACUGA